GAGGUGCGGCUAGAAGGCUCCGGAUUUUUUCUCUUCGAAUUCUGUUUGCCACAUGGCUGUAUAGAUAUAUGAGAAGGUUUCUAGGAAUUAUGGCCACCAGUAGGAAGCUCAGAAUGAUUGAUAUUGGAGCUAAUCUAACAGAUCCAGUUUUCCAGGGGAUGUAUCGUGGCAAGCAAGCGCAUCCAAGUGACCUAGAGGAUGUUCUUGCACGUGCAAGGGAGACGGGUGUGGAGAAGAUCAUAAUCACUGGAGGUACCCUCAAAGACAGCGAGGGCGCUCUCACUAUGGCCAAAACUACCGAGCAGCUGUACUGCACUGUUGGUUGCCAUCCCACUCGCUGUGGAGAAUUUGAAGGGACAGCUGGCACCAGUCCAGAGCAAUACCUGGAGCAGCUGCUGACACUGGUGGAGGAGAACAAGAGUAAAGUGGCAGCCAUUGGAGAGUGUGGUUUAGAUUAUGACAGGCUUCAUUUUUGUGACAAGCCACUUCAGUUAAAGUAUUUUGAGAAGCAGUUUUAUCUGUCUGAAAAAACUGGACUUCCGCUCUUUCUCCAUUGUAGAAAUGCAUUUGGCGACUUCAUUGACAUAAUAGAAAGAAAUAGAACACGUUUCAGUGGAGGAGUGGUCCAUUCAUUCACUGGGACUCUACCGGAGGCUAUGUGUGCAAUAGAACAUGGACUCUAUAUUGGGAUCAAUGGAUGUUCGCUGAAGACAGCUGAAAAUCUUGAAGUUGUCAGGGCAAUACCAGCAGACAAGCUAAUGAUUGAAACCGAUGCCCCCUGGUGUGAGAUGAGACCUACCCACGCAAGCAGUAAGCUAAUAGAGACAUCGUUCCCCUCCAAGAAGAAGGAGAGGUGGGAGAGAGGAGUGGCCGUCAAGAGCAGGAACGAACCGAGGAACAUACUAAUCCGACGGAAAAAAAUAGGCGUCUUCCUGCCUUAUUGUCCAUGGCAGCAGUUUCUCGGGUAUGAUACAUUGAGAAUUUAAUUUUAAUUCUAUGUAUACAGUAUGCCAUGACUUCCCACCAGGAAUGUAGAGAAAAAACUGCCCUAAACUUUCAUACAGCAAGGUGUCAUACAAGGGAGAGGAAAGGGGGAUAUCCCCCCUCUGGCUCCAAUUCCCCACCCCCCUAUAGUUGUAUGACUGAGUGUCCAUAGCUGGCAAUUUUACAUACUAACAGGGUAGACAGUUGACCUUUUUUAGCAACAUUUUCUGGUUACUUUUCAAAAGCAUGCCUUAUUUCCCCCUUUUACUUUAAAAUCCUGUAUGACACCUGUUAACAGUGUAAUUGCAUUUACUUGUUAGUAGUUGCAGCUAGCAAAGUUAAGUUGCACUGUAUGUAUACGUGUACGUGCAGCUAAUAACUAGUUUGAAAUAUCUCCCUUUAGUCACAGGUACACUGCAGUAGUCGUGUGUAUAGUGAUAGGUGUCAUAUCGUUUGAAGCUUUGUGUCAUUUCCCUCUCUCUUUUAUCACAAGCCAAAAUAUCCGUUGAUCAGAUUGACACUUUGUUGUUUUUGAUUGCUCUCCUUCAAGUUGUCGUAUUUAGUCUCCCUCCCUCUUUAAACAAAGCAAAGGAAAUAUCUCCCCUUGACCUUUGACCCUAUGCUACAGUCUGUCUCCACAUAUACACAUACCCAGUGAGAUAUUCGUGGAAGUGUUAAACAGGUUCGAUUAUUUAUAGCAUGCUAAAAUCUCAUUUACAUACUAUUAUGACUGUAGGUGGGGUUAUUUAUUUUCAAAAUCAUCGCAGAGAAAUGUAAUUUGGUGUACAUAUCCAUAUGCUCGCUCACCUUGAAGCAACUCUUGAAUAUGAUUAUCUACUCCAGUUUUAGUCCUUAAUUAGUUUUCAAAAUAAUUUAUAGUGGAGAGAUAAUCACUGUAUGGCGUUGUAAGUUGGCACUGUAUAAUUGUAUUGAAAGCUCUUGUGUUCUUAAAUUAUUGUGUUUGCAAGUUUAGGUGUCCAUUUGUACAUCGACAUGAAAUAUGGGCCAGAACUUGUGUAUCCAUGCAAUUACUGUUCAAACCAUAUACAUAAAUUGCUUUUACUAGAAAAUUACUCAAAAAUUAAUAUUAAUGUGCUGCUACGCUGGGUACCAAAAUUAAUGUACACUAAGUGAUUUCGAUGUGGCGUACGCGUCCAAUCAAAAUACUUGUAUCCGAUGUUGUAUAUACACAAACACAGUAAUUACACGUGUUAAAUCAAUUAUGCUAACUUUGGUGUGGUCAUAAUGUGCAUGGUUUAAUAGACUCGUUAUUAACUUAGUGCAUGAUGCAGAUACAACACAUGUGCGCUUGC